AUUGCCUUGUUACGUGGCAACAUUUCAUGCAAUAAACAAGCUUUUAGAAAGUUCAACUAUGUCAACAAAUUCUACCAACACUUAACUUUAUUUGAUCAGUUGGUGCAUUGACUUCAUUUCCAACCAUUGACGGGGUUGAAGAGUGAGCCUGGAAAGGACCUUAAAAUGCAAAACGUCAGCUUUGCACACAUCCCAGGCUCAGCAACAGAAGACGAGAGUCCACCAACAGAGGCCCCCGAGGAGAAAUAUGAAUGUGGAAAAAACUCUGAGGACGAUGCAGAUGACCUCAGAGACGUUCCAGUGGAGCUGCUGAUGGAGUUCCUCAGAGCUCUGACGGACAAAGACUACCAGCAGGCUAAAAGACUGUGCAAAAUCAUUCUCAUCUAUGACCCACUGCAUCCAGAAGCUUCGGAGUUCCUCCCUCUGAUCCAGGCCAAGCUAUCAGAAGAAGAGGAAAACGAGGACAGUGACGACAGUGACGACAGUGAUAGCGAUGACGAUGACCAUGAAUAUGAUGAAGAACUAUCCUCACCGUCAAAUGAAGACAGUGGGAGUGGGGAAGAAAAGCAAACAAAUUGACAUAUCCUGUCAGUUUGAGAAUUACAGCUCAAGCAGGAAAUCAGAAAAUACAUUCUGAGAAGUCAACAUUUUUUACAUUUAGGCGAAUUGAUGAAGUCAGCUAUGUGAAUCACUACGCCAACCAUGGCCCUGCUGUCAGCUCACAGUUUGUGAUUCAUACAGCCUAGCGCAGGGGUGUCAAACUCUUUUUUUUUGCGGGCCGCUUUGUAGUCAUUGUUUCUUUCGGAGGGUCAUUAUGACUGUCAGCCGAAAUAAAUGUAUGAGCACUAGGGGUGUAACGAUACAUCGAUACACAUCGAUUAAUCGAUAUAAUGCUCUACGAUUUAUUGGCAUCGAUGCUAAAGGUAAACAUCGAUUUAUAUCGCCGUGUUUGACCUCGGACAUUAGACGCGACUUGAUUUUGAAAUCCAGUUCAUUGUUGCUUGCUUCCUCUUUCCGGGAGCAGGGAGCAGUGCGCGGCUUGCUGCACGUAAAAGGGGAGUCGACAACUAGAACGCGGCUCCUGGGCUGGUGCUAUGGCUAGUGUCCAAAAAGACGAGGAAAUUUGCUCCCCUUUAGGCUUCAAGUCAUUCGUUUGGAAGCACUUUGGAUUCCAAAGAAAAGAUGGCUCAACGGACAAGACACGUGCAGUUUGUAAAUCCUGCCAUGCGGUGAUCAAAUAUUCAGGGAGCACAAAUCUCGCCGCACAUUUAAAGAAAAAACACCACAUCAAAGUUCAGUGUUAAAGUAAGCAAUUUGUAUACUACAAUACUCUUGUAAUUUCCUAAAUAAAGAGUUUGCAGUACCUUGUUGAUUUUGCGUAUGAAUUGUUGUAAAUCAGGAUAUUGUUCUAUAUUUUUUAUUAAAAAAAAAAAAAUCGAUCGUAGAGCACUAUAUCGCGAAUGCGAUUCGCGAUAUAUCGUGAAUGAAUCGCAGCAGGCUUUAAGAUAUCGGCAAAUAUCGUAUCGUAGUUCUUUAUAUCGAUAUUAUAUCGUAUCGUGACAAAACCCGCGAUUUACACCCCUAAUGAGCACCUCAUAUU